AUGGCUCGUAUUGCGGAAGAUCAAGUGAUUGAAUUCUCUCUCGCAGAGGUUCAGUCGGUGAAGUUUAGAACUUCGCGGACUCUGUUGGGGAGACUAUUCUCGACAACCAAUUUUACUCCUAGUGAGUUGCGAGAGGGCUUGAUCGAGGCCUGGCGGGUGCAAGGAAGCCUUAGGUUUUCGGUCACAAAGUAUGGCUUAUUUGAAAUUGUUCUGCCGAGUGAUGAGACGAGGGUCUGGGUUCUUAAACGGACUCCUUGGAUUGUCAAAGAUAGAAUUUUACAUCUCCGGUCUUGGACUUCAACUAUCACGAGACCUGUCUUUGAUGAUCUGGCUAUUGCUCCCUUCCAUGUUCAAUUGUGGAACGUGAAAGAGGACUGCUGCUCCAAGCAGUUUGGCAGAAAAGUGGCAGGAAGGAAAAUAGGCCAAGUCUUAGAGGCUGAUGUUUUUGCAUCCAGAGAAACAGAGGAGUGCUUUAUUAAGGUGCAUGCCCUCAUCGAUUUCACUAAACCGUUGAGGUCUCAAUUUUUGGCAAUUAGUGAUGAGCUUGGGAGCUUCUGGGUAAACCUCAAGUAUGAAUUUCUGCCGACCUUCUGCUACCUCUGUGGCCGUGUGGGGCACUCGAAGCCAGAUUGUGUUUUUGAUCCUCCUCCUGGUAAAGAACGCUUUGGCCCUCAUAUGUCUACAAGAAAAUUAGGAAGGAAGAUCUAUAUGGAUGAGGAGGAGUUCCCGAAAUUCCACAACACUAGUAAAUCGGUGUGGGUGAACAAGAAUAUUCAAGUGAAGAAGAAUGAGAGUGCUAAGAAUGCUAGACCUCGUGAGGUACGACAUGUGAUUAAUGAUCGCUCUGUUGAGCAGGUGGAUCAUCAGCAGGAGACUCAUGGCUAUAUGGAGCCGCAAUCUCGGGAGCAGGAAGCCAGACCUAAGCUAUCGGUGGUGGGAUUCGUCCGCGCCCAAAAGAAGCUAUCUCCCAGAAAGGCUGCACCUACCACCCGGAAGGGCUCUAAGGGUCGUCAGCAGGUGGGAAAGCGUGCCAGAAAGGUGUCCUCCAAUCGUCAGCAGCCGGAAGACCAGGUUGAGAUUGUUCUGGAACAGUCCAGAAGGAGAAGACUGAUCUUACUGGAAGAAUCGGAAGAAGAGGAGCUGGCUGGUACGAAAGCCGCCCAAUCCAACCAACCUCUGGGGAAUUCUCGAAUUCCCCCAAAGGAUACUUCUCAGAAUGGAGAUACGGUGCAUAGGGCUCGCCCACGACUAAAAAAGGGUGGCGCAGACUGCAUGCGGGAUGAUCUGCGAGAGCUGGAGGAUGAGGAGGUUGUAGCCCCUCGGGAUGAUGAGGGUCAGCAACAGAUCAUGGAUUCAGAUGAUGAGCAGUCGACUGGAGACCAGCUCCCAUUUGAAAUUAAGAGAAGAUCACCAAGUGGGGUUUCCAUAGAGACUCGUAAGGUCUUGACUGGGCGGGUCCACCAAGUGGUGGAGGCAUUUGAGGCUGGAUUGGUCUUUGAGCAAGAGGAGGAUGUACCUAUCAAUGGGUCUCGCUCGAAUUUCAAUGAGUAUGGGUCUAAUCUCAUGGACGGAUCGGUAGAGACCAGGAAGCGGGUUCUUGAUGAAGUGGAUGAGGAGAUGGGAGACCCUCCUACCCCGAAGAAGCAAUUUGUGGAAUCAACUGAUAUUCUAGAGAAGGUGGAGGAAGCCAGCCUCGAGUGGCCCCCAGUGGAUAAAUGA